AUGUCUAGACCGGCAAAUAUUGUAACAACCGGUUCCUUGGUGUCUGGGUUUGGAGUUGGCACUGGAACAGGGGCGGGAACCUUUGUUGGGACAAUUUCGAUCCCGGCAACCCCAGUAGAGGCUCUCCCAGACGAUGCCAAAAUCUUGAAGCCCCUUUUGCUAAGCUCAGAUUACGAUAAAGUCUGCGAGCAAACGAGCGAUAAAGCUUUCUGGUAUGGAAUUUAUAAUAAAGCAACCAAGGCACAGAGAGAACAAGAGGGUCGUGCAAGUGAACUUAUACUGGCAAAUGUCGAAACUACCUCCGAAACUGGAAAGUACUCUGAAAUCGAUGAGGACGCGCAUGGUGAAGUUUUUCAGUAUUGUCAGGAGCGGUCUAAAAUACUUGAAGCGCUCAACAUCAAAAUUGAACAACACAACAAGAUUUCCAACCACCCCGCGAAUUUCGGAAAAGUCCGGAUCCAAGUAUUUGGGCCUUUUGGCAAGGUUCGCCUGGCCAAAUUACUCAAAUCCAAUGAUCCCGCGCCUCAAAACGAACACCCUGAUGAGCAUGAUGACACGGACGAAAAUGACGACGAAGAAAUGUUGAAGCAAAGUAAUGCACAUUGGACAAUCCUCGAAAGCCUUCCUGCCAAAUUGAAAGGAGAUCUCAUGAAAUCUCACUCCCUUGUUGCCGCAAUCCAUACAUAUCGCACUCAUAUCAUGAAUGCCGACACAUCAAGAGAGCACACGACCAAGGGCAAGCUCGACCUACAUAACCAUUACACCGAAGAGUUUGGCAAAGAAGUAGCGAAAGCUAUAGGGAAGUACAAUAAAAGGAUCACAGGAAAGACAAAGCAGCUGCAGGGUAAAAUUGCGCAGUUGAAGGAGUACAAAAACAUAGGACUUACGUACGUUCCUAAGUAUUCGGAUCCAGGUAUGGACGCGGAAACACAAGAGGAAGAAGAACUACUUCAAAAACCCGAUGAUCAAUACUUCGGUCAACCAGACGACCCAGUUCCGGACUCGGUAAAAGCUAUUCAGAGCAAGAUGGGUGGGGAAAUGGGGUGCGUGCGAAGACUGCUGCUAAACCCGCUAGAUCAGCAGGCAAGAGAUAAUUUUGAUCGCUAUCAGGAUUUGGCUAGGGCUGCGACAGUAGAAGCCGGGCAUCAAGCCUCAAAGUUUGAUAUUAAUGAGGCAAACCUGGCCAGUUUUUGGGUACAGAAUAUUUUAGGGUCCGCAGCUCUAUACAACUCUCUUGUGAAUGGAACCGACAGCCAGGACAUCCUGCAAACCUACAAUUCUUUUCGGGUGCAGGCGAACGACUUUGUAGAGAAAUGUCAAUUUCCUAAGAAUUUUGCCGAUUCUCUUGUUCCGGAUAUAGCGGAUCUCCAGGCAUCACAUCUACAGCUGCCUCCUGUCGAUUCACCAUUGGUAAUUUCUCAAAUUAUUGCAAUGCGGGCUAGACUGGAGGGACCACAAGGCUCCCUUCAUACAUUGAUUUAUUUGCACACAGCGGCGAUUAGUGGAAGAACGAAUUCGGAGCAGCUUGCCAAAUACCAAGAAGCGGCAGCCGAGGUUACAAAAGUCACCCACGAAAUAAAGUCUCUGACACAACAAAAGUGCGUUACCGACAAUUAUAGUUUCACAGACCUGCUAUUAGAGGAACUUGUCAGGCAGGCUGACAAUAUGGCCUCUCUUCGAGAAAAUUGCCGGAGUAACUCUGGUGUUUCUAUCCACGAUGACGAACUAGACCAGUAUAUGGUGUUUGUGACGAAGUACUGGUUCUCGAAUGGCCCUUGGAAUGGUGGAAUAAUAGGAGCCGUCCUCGGAGACUCCCCUCAGCUGUUAAAGCAACACAGAGCACUUCCACGGGUAGAGCCACGGGUAGAGCCACCGGUAGAAGAACCUCAAGGGACACCCGACCCGUCAUCAGGACCGUUUAAGUACCCAAAGCGCCAAAAUAAGCCGGACCUCCUACCCUCUAACAAGAUAGAUCAUCAUGGGGUAGUAAAAGAUAUACAAUCAUGGAUUAGCGUUGGGGGCCGCGAUAAGUUAUUGGUUAAGUACCAAGUUCCCGGAAAGUCAAAGCUCGCCUACCUGUUGCUAUCAGGAAGUGAUGUUAAAGGCACUCUUAGCGAUUUUAAGCAAGACUAUCCAGGUUUUGAAGAAACGCGCGGUAGAGCAAGCGACCUUGAGUCACUUCGAUUCAAAGAUGUAGAAGUUUACACAGUGGCUCCUACUUUCCGAGAGGAACAUAAGGAUGAUUACACGAACGCACCAGUUACUAUUGUUGCAGUAUAUAUUGGCGAUGAGCCUAAGUGGUUUGGUAAAAGCGAGCUGGUUACUAAAUAUGGAAAUCAGAUCAGAGACAAAAUGGAAACUCACGUAGAAGCUGCUGGAAUUACGAAAGAAUAUGAGGGUUAUGUUAAGCCAAGGAAAUACCAAGAAACUGUAAGGGCCAGGAAGCCACGAGUGCCCAUUUGGAGGCGCGAGAACACAACCCAAGUUGAGGAGGAGGAGGAGGAGGAGGAGGAGGAUAGUGAAGACCAAGAGGGAAUAGACAUGUCAAAUGAGGAGACUAUGAAGCUGUUCAGACUAAUGCUAGCAGCUCAAAAGGGCCCUAAAACACGCCAGCGAGGGGGAAAACGGAAGUAA